AUAUAUUAGAGUAGUGUUGUAUGUAUUGAGUGAACCAAUCAUUGAACGGCAUAUUUGGCGAACAAAAGGAGUGAUUGAGUGAACAAAAUGGCGAACACUUCAGUCCAAAGACGUAAAGACGGCGGACCUAACCAUCGAUUUUUCGAGUCGUCGGAAACAAUACAGGCCUUUGAAACUGUCAGACAAUGGCUACAAAAGAACUGCAAGAAAUACGUUCAAGCGGAUCCACCCACCAACAAAAAUCUAUCAAAUUUGGUGAUACAAUUGAUCCAAUUCCAAGAGGAGACGUUCGGCAAGACUGUAUCGAAACCGCCAUUGACUCGAUUGCCGAUGAAAUGCUUUAUGGACUUUAAAGGUGGUGGAGGUAUGUGUCGUAUACUUGAAUCGGUUUUUAAGUUCAAGUUAGACCAGGGAUGGCGUCGAUUUGAUUUUCAGUCGCCGUCACGUAUGGACAGAAACGUUGAGAUGUUUAUGGGAAUCGAAAAGUUUUUAGUUAACCACAAAUGCUUUAUUGAACCAAAUGUUUAUUUUACACCCGAUGUCGACAAACAAUUAGUGUUAAAAUUGCGAGACAUUGUUAAACGACAUCAGGGAAAGGUUGUCGAGACUGCCGAAGAGGCCACUCAUAUAGUCUAUCCGCCAAUUGGUAUUUCUGGAGAUUGCGAUGAUUGGGUGCGAAUUGUUAUGAAACGAGACAGGAAUGCACUUCUCCAUUGGUGGCACACACCUGAUAGUUAUGACAAUUGGGUGACUGGUGUUGACAUUGAUAUUGAACCCGAAUCGCCACAACCUAAGAUUGGUCCCAAUCAUGUAAGCGCCAAAUGGAUUCUUGAUUUGGAUGAAUAUAAUGAAUGGAUGAAUGAAGAAGACUAUGAGAUAGACGUUGAUUCUCCCAGUCGUCGCAAAUCUCCGCGUGGAAAGUACACCGUUGAGGAAUUAUUAGCAUCUGAUGACAAACGCGACCGAAAGAUUAGUUCAUCUGUUAAAGGAAAGAGAAGACGGUCGCCAUCACCGCCGCUGGAUAAGAAAAGACGUGGUAAAGGAAGCGCUCGUAGUCCAGCACCGGCUUCGGGCAGCAAAAAGAAAUUGUUUAGAGGCAAUGAUGAAGACUCUGAAGAUUUAACCAAAGAUAUGGACGAACCAUCGCCUGAACCAAAUGUCACUGAAGUUAAUUUGCCGAGAAGUACAACAAAUCCUCGAAGUAAUAAAGAUAACGAAUCGGUGCCCAUUAAAGGCGGUGCUAUCAUUGAUUUGGAUAAUAAUGAAACCGACGAAAAGAUUCCACCUGAAGAAAGAAAUGGUAACUCUAAGUCAAUGCCAAUGUCUCCAAAUUCAAGUCGAUUAGCAAAUGAAAGACAACCUAAAGAUGAAUCUGCAGACGACAAUGUGACAGAACAGGCAAAUCACAUAAUAAUUCCUUCAUAUUCUUCGUGGUUCGACUAUAAUUGCAUUCAUUCAGUUGAGAGGAGAGGUUUACCUGAAUUUUUUAACGGCCGAAACAAAUCCAAGACACCAGAAGUAUAUAUUGCUUACAGAAAUUUUAUGAUUGAUACCUAUCGUCUCAACCCAACCGAGUAUUUAACUGUGACAGCCGUCCGGCGCAAUAUAGCAGGAGAUGUCUGCGCUAUAAUGAGAGUCCACGCAUUUCUUGAGCAGUGGGGACUUGUCAACUAUCAGGUCGAUGCUGAUUCUAGACCCACACCAAUGGGUCCACCCUCUACCAGCCAUUUCCAUGUUUUGGUAGACACUCCAUCAGGUGUUCAGCCAUUAAAUCCACCCCGUGCUCAACAAUCAGCAUCAGCUCAGAUGCUGAACAUGAACCAGAAAGAUGGUCUUCCAGAAGUUAAAUUAGAAGACAAAUCUAGUUCUAUAUUAAAUGAAAAUUUUGGACUUAAGAUGGAUCAAUACGCAAAGAAAAAUGCUUAUUUCAAGAGCAAGGCUGCGGCCACUUUGUCACGUGAAUGGACAGAACAAGAAACACUUUUACUUCUUGAGGGACUUGAGUUAUAUAAAGACGACUGGAAUAAGGUGUGCGAACACGUUGGUAGUCGUACUCAAGAUGAAUGUAUUUUACAUUUUCUUCGACUUCCUAUCGAAGAUCCAUAUUUGGAAGAUUCUGCCGGAGUUUUAGGACCUCUCGCUUACCAACCGAUUCCUUUCUCAAAAUCUGGAAAUCCAAUUAUGUCAACCGUUGCAUUUUUAGCAUCAGUAGUUGAUCCAAGAAUUGCUUCUUCAGCUGCAAAGGCGGCAAUGGAAGAGUUCUCUAAAAUUAAAGACGAGGUUCCGGUUGCUCUGAUGGAUGCGCACAUCAAGAACGUUGAGUCAUCGGUUUCUGAAGGAAACUUAGAUCCUAAGGCAGGACUUGCAAUGACUGGAAUUGCGGGCACUUCUGAUAAAGAGGAACAGGAAAACAAAGUCGAAAAUAAAGUUAGUGAAGAAAAAGAAAAAGAGUCAAACAAUUUGAGUUCGAAGGAUGAAAAAACUUCCGUACCUUCAGCUGAAUCCAUGGAUAUUGAUAAACCUAAAGAAGAUAAAACUAGUGAAGAAACUGUAAAUGAUUUGGAAAAGAAAGAAACAGAACUAACAAAGCCUGAGAUGACCAAAGAAGAGAUUGAAAAAGAUAAGACAAUGAAAGAAUCUCAGGUAUCUGUUGCCGCGGCAGCAGCUUUGGGCGCCGCCGCUGUCAAAGCUAAACAUUUAGCAGCAGUUGAAGAAAGAAAAAUCAAAUCUUUAGUGGCGUUAUUGGUUGAGACACAGAUGAAAAAAUUAGAAAUAAAAUUAAGACAUUUUGAAGAGUUGGAAGCAAUUAUGGACAGAGAAAGAGAAACAUUAGAAUAUCAGAGACAACAACUGAUGCAAGAAAGACAGCAGUUCCAUAUGGAACAGCUUAGAGCUGCGGAAUUCCGAGCCCGACAACAGGCACACGCUAUGUAUGCGCAACAACAGGGCGGUAGUACUCAACAAUCAACAACUGGACCACAGACUGCAACAGAAGUGGAUGCUUUGCAAGGUUCGCAACAAAGAUCUGUUCCUUUAGUUCCUCCUACAGCAGCGGUCAGACCACCACCAGCUAUGACACAGUUUAGUUCUUGGCAAAGACCUUCCUUACCAUCAACUCAACAACCAUUGGCACCAUCUGCUCAACCGCAACAACAACAGCAAUUAACAACACAACCAUUACAGCAAACACUUCAACAACAACAACAACCUCCUCCGCCGCCUACACCACCACAACAACAACAAGCGGUGUCAUUACCAAACCAACAAUUACAUCAGCCUUUAUUAGCCCCACCAUCUCAUACUAUGAUCGGUCAGACACCACAUACUCCCGUUCUACCACCACCGUCACAACAACAGGCAAUUCCUCCUGUAAUACAAAACAGACCACAUAUUCCCCCUCAACAAGUAUUUCCGCAAUCAAAUCAGUACCCUAUUCCCCCACAGCAAACCCAAAUGAGUCAACAGCCUAUUUAUGAACAAAAGCCCCCAAUAGUCCCACAACAGAUUAUUCCACCCACACACCAACCCCUAGUGCAUAAUGCACCCCAACAACCUGUGCAACAGCCAUCCCCAUCACAACCACAACAAACACCCCCUCAGUCUCAAUUGCAAGCCAUAUCUCAAGCACCUCCUGUACCGCCGCCACCACCACCACAAACUUCUCAAACUCCAGUAUCUGCAGCCUUGCCGGCAAUGCCUUCAAUGGCACAUACGGUGCCUUCAGUGGCACAUAUGGCACCUCCAAUGACACAACCAUCUCAAGUAUCACAGGUGUCACCUAUCAACCAGUAUGCACCACAAAAUUCUAUAGGUAUGCAACCGGGUCCACAACAAGGACAACUUCAACCAGUGAUGACUGAUCAAAAUGUUAUGAUGAGUCCACAUGUGCCACCACAAGCACAACCAGUUCCACCACAUGUUGUACACCCAAAUCCAAUGACUCAUCAAAUGCCACCGACAUUAGGCCCUCCACCACCACCACCACCACAACAACAACAAUCAGGUGUUUGUGAGCCAAAUAGAGAGGAGACUUCAAAUAUGUAAACAAUAAUUGUCAUCAAAUUAAAUAAUUUCUUUUUAAUUUUUUUCUAUAAUUUAUAAUUUAAUAUUUAUACUGUUUAUAUAUGUGAAUGACCGGUAUUUUUAGUUGAUUUUCUGUCACUUAAAAUAUAAUUCAUAAAUAAAUCAUUUUCGUUAGUUUAAAAUAACUUAUUGCUCUGUUUAUUAUAAAUAA